UUUGGCUCGGGCUGUUUCACUCCACACUGCUGUGCUUUCGUUGUAGAGAUGUGAUGGAGUUUGAACCUCACUGCAAUCAGUACGGAUUUGUAGGAAAGAUUCCAUCUCUGCCGUAAGUGGCUUCCACAAGUCAAGGCUUUCACCUUCUGUGUAGGUUGGUGACAUUACUCGUGCUGUUAGUGUGGUGCUCGGUGUCCUUGGCAUAAUGUUACAAAGCCUAAGAACACGCUUUGUUGGUGGUCAAGAAACCGUCAAUGUGGAUGAUGAAGGCAAAGUGGAUUUCAGCGAGGCUGUGGAUGGAGACGACUUUGUCCUAGUGGACGUACUACCCAGCCCCGACCAGGAGGGCCCAGCCGUUGAAUCUGCUCCGAGUUCGCUCCAGCAAGGUCUUGGCUUGUACCAGUCGGAUCCGAAUGUGAUCACGGAGCAACCCGUGGCCAGAACCGAAACCUCUGGUUUCAUUCAUAGUGAUGUUGCCCAGCCAUCAUCGUAUGUCACACAGACAAGCCAAGAUCAACAACAACAGGCGUGGGUUCUGCGACCUCAGGACCUUCCCUUCUGGCUCAGCGCUAAGCUGCAAGCUCUGGCAUCGUGUCAACGACUAGCCAACACGGCGGCGGCGGAGACUCGCGACCAGGCCAUGCUGCGUCCGUUUCUACGCGAUAACAGCAUGCAUGACGUCGUUGAUGAGCAAUCUCUGGCCAAGCUAAUGUCAUCCCCGGAGCUGAACUACGACUUUCAGGCGGAGAAGCAGGUGGUGGCGUUCGACCAGUCAGUGUUCCUGCAGAAUUGAGCCAUGACGCCGUCGUGCGUAGUAUCAUUUGCCCAUGAAGAAUUCCUGACCACCAUGUCGUAAUUGGCUACUGCUUCCAGAAAAAAGAAGAGACCAUGAACGUCUCCGAAGACGAUGUCCGCCGCUGUUCUCCACCUGCGCUGACAGUCAUAGCAUGGUGCUCUCUUCCGACAACUUUGAUGUUUCUUUCUGUCAUCAAUCUCCUCUGGCCUUUCUCGGCCGCUCCCUGUUGUCCUCCGCUGAUUUGGUACGGCUACUCGUGAGUUUCUCGCUGAUCUGUUUGUUUUGUUGUGUUGGGAGUACACCAACAAUGGCAGCAGCAAGUACUCAAUGGUCACCAUGCUAAGUUACCGUCUAACGACAUUGCCAUGCCGAUGUGUGACCGUGGCGAUGUCGUGUCAUGUCUUUCUCUCACUCUGUGCUUCGCUGUUGUACACCAGCGUGAUCUCUCGUGUAUGUUCGUACCGAGAUGAAUGACCAUGUUUGUGUCGUGUUUAAGAAAAAGGAAGUCUCUUGGUGUUCGGUAUGCUUGUCUACAUCGCUGCAUCGUUACGUAUUACAUCAGUGAUCACCUCAUCGUUACAUGACUACAUCAUUACAUCACUCAUCAGUGAUUACCUCAUCAUUACAUCACUCAUCAGU